ACUUUUUGUAUCGUAGGAAUCAACAGCCGCCAUCUUGACGCGGCUCAGAAUCGGGAUUUCUGGGGGAGCAUUAAUUGUAAAAAAAGCGACCGGAGCCACCCAAAGCGGACCCCGAACGGCAUUUUUCUGGGCCCAAAUCGAAGCGCGAGGUCUUCCGGGGAGGAUUAAUGCGAACGUGAGGGCUACUCGGCAUUUUGUCGUGCCCAAAGCCCAGCGUAUAUUUGAUUUCCCUUUUAGCGAGCGCCGCUUCUCGCCGUUCGUCCGUCCCGAGCCGCCGUAUUUUCCGGCGCGACAGCCACCGAAAAAAAUAAUCCGUCUCAAAGGAAAUAUUUUUCGAUUUUUGCUCUUUUUAUCCGCGCCGGAGGCGAAUUUUAAGGGGGCUCGUUUCGACGGCGAAAAAAAAUGAGUCCGCGCCGACGCGUCGCCGGCGAUCUCCGCAGAAAUGGCUUCGCGUUGGCUUCGUGUAAUAUUUCCUGAUUGAUUUUAAUGGAUUCCUCUCGGCGCGAGAUAAUUUCGGAUGCAGUUAUUGGGGAUAAUUAUGUGGGUGUUGGAUGUUGGAUUAUCAUGGGGUGAUCUCCGGCGGCGAAGCGUGGCGCUGUUGCCUUUCUUUUGAAACCUCCUCUCCCCGGGCAGCAUUUUGCCACUCGAGGGAAAAAAAAAAAGAAAAGAACCCAGUUCAAAUGAUUCUUUUUUGACGCGCUGUCAUAUUAGCAAGUUAGCAAUUCGAAUAAAAGAAGCCCCUCAAGCGGAACCCCCAGAAUGGCUGACAAUCUGCUGGAUGUCGGACCCCCCACAGCAAAGCGACCCAAACUCAAUUCACCUCUGUCGGCGUCGGACGGCCCAGAUCUUGUAUCCCUCUUUGACCUGGAAAAUGACCUUCCGGAUGAGCUCAUCCCCAAUGGAGACCUGUCCCAGAUGGGGAUGUCUUCCAAUGGCGGCACAGGAGGCGGCCCAGGGCUCAACUCCAUCGUCCUGGAUGCCGCCGCCAAACACAAGCAGCUGUCUGAGCUUCUGCGGCCGGGUAGCUCCUCCAUCUUGGGAAGUUCUCUCAACUCUGCCAGUCCCCAACAGGGAGGCAUGGUGGGAGGCCAACUCGGAGCGGUGCUCAGGAAAAGUCCAAUUGGGCAGGGCUCUCCAAAUCAUCAGUCUCCCCAAGGCCAGAAAGUAGGCGUCGGAACGGGGCAAGGCAAUGGAGGCAUGAGCUUCAAUCAGGCACUGUUGAACAGUGGGCAGGGUCACGGGCUCUUAGGCCCAACCGGACAGGUGCUGAACGGAGCUCUGGGACCAGCGGGCCGAGGAAGACCUGGCAUGCAGUACCAGAGCCAAGGGAUGCCGGCGGGAGCGGGCGUUGGAGGAAGCGUGCUGGCAGAGACACUCGCCCAAGGAGGGCCACAGUUGGGGGGACACAACUCACUGACUCCUCAGCAAGCUGGACACGUGAAUAAGAUGACAAUGUCGGGAGUGCCGUUUGGCCAGCAGUACGGUCAAAUGGGGGCCCAGAAAAUGGGACCGACGGGCGUCAACGCCCAACAACUCCCGAACAAGGCGGCCCUUCCCAACAAUCUGCCUCAGUUCCCGUUGGAGGUAAAGGCAGCUGGGACUGUGCCGAACAUGUCCCAGAUGCAGCAGCAGGUAGCAUCGGCGGGUAUGGUACCCGGCGCCGGCGGCGUGUCAGCCGGUCCGACGGCCGAUCCCGAGAAGCGCAAACUCAUUCAGCAGCAGCUGGUCCUGCUGCUCCACGCACACAAAUGCCAGCGGCGGGAGCAGGCCAACGGGGAGGUGAGGGCCUGCACUCUGCCCCACUGUCGCACCAUGAAGAACGUCCUCAACCACAUGACUCACUGCCAGGCGGGCAAGUCUUGCCAGGUGGCCCACUGUGCAUCAUCCAGACAGAUCAUCUCCCAUUGGAAGAACUGCACGCGGCACGACUGUCCCGUCUGCCUGCCUCUGAAGAACGCGAGUGACAAGCGAAACCAGCAGCCCAUGCUAGGUUCCCCCGGGGCCAGCCUGCAGAAUGCAAUCGGCGCGGUGGGGGCCGGCCAGCCCAGUGCCCCGACCAUCAACAACGCUGCCACGCACAUCGACCCCAGCUCCAUGCAGAGGGCCUACGCCGCUCUGGGUCUACCCUACGGCAACCAGUCCCCUGCUCAGAACCAGGGCCAGGGUCCUACUCAACACAAUCCCCAGGGUCACCAGCAGCUGCGUAGUAUGAACACACUAGGCACUAAUCAGAUCAACCAGAUGGCAGCAGGCAUGGGGGUCCCCGCUUCAGACCAGACUGGCUUGCACAGCGACUCUUUACCCUCCACACUCAACAAGUCCUACAGUCAGUUGUUCCCAGAUGGGUCCGUGGCAGGAGGCUUGGGAAAUCUGCCCGCCGCCACCCCUCUCUCCGCUUCGGGGGUCAGGAAGGCCUGGCAUGAACACGUCACUCAGGACCUGCGCACCCACCUGGUGCAUAAACUAGUACAAGCCAUAUUCCCAACCCCAGACCCUGCAGCACUGAAGGACCGCAGAAUGGACAACCUGGUGGCGUAUGCACGCAAGGUUGAGGGUGACAUGUAUGAGUCGGCCAAUAGCAGGGACGAGUAUUACCACUUCUUGGCAGAGAAGAUCUACAAGAUCCAGAAGGAGCUGGAGGAGAAGCGACGCUCGCGGCUCCAGAGGCAGCCUGGCAUGGUGGGCAACGCCGGACCCCAGCCGUCGUCCAUGACUCAGCCCAUCGCCCUGGGCCCGGGACAGCCUGUCCGAGCUCCCAAUGGCCCUGUGCCUAUGCCAAAUCAAAUGAUGAACCGUAUGCAGGUACCCCAAGGAAUCAAUCAAUACAACCCGAUGGCAAUGCAAAAUGCGCAGAUGUCACAGAUACCGCGGGCUCCCUCGCCCAUGAACCAUCCGCAGCAACUGAACAUGAACGCCGUCCCAGCGAUGAGCAUGUCCCCGUCGAGAAUACCGCAGAAUCAAGGAAUGAUGGGUAAUCACGCGAGUAACAUGGUUCCUCAGCCGGCCAACCAGGGUCAGUUCUUGCCACAGGGACAGUUCCCUGCAGCCGCUGGAGCAGCAAUCAAUGUGAAUGUGGGCAUGGGGCAGCAGCCGCAGAAUUCUAACCUCCCUCUGAAUGCGCUGGGCGCUCUCGGCUCCCAAUUGCCCUGCGGCCCCUCGGCUAGGCCGGGCCCGGGCGGCACUCCCCCGCCCAACCCCGCCACCGGCCUGCAAAUGCCACAGCACCAUCCGCCCACGCAGGCCCCGCCGCCGCAACAGUCCCCUGCUCCCGCCAACGCGGGAGGGCCGGCCUCCAACCAAGCUCACGUACCCGGCAGCCACCCCGGUCCGCCCUCUGUGGUUAGUACGCCGCCUGAGCCUUCCCAGCCGCCUACGCCUCUGCAACCGCAGCCCGAGCCCCCCGGCCAGGCGCAGCAGCCCACCUCGGUGCAGGCGCAGCAUCCCAGCACGCCGAUGUCACAGGCUGCUGCCAGCAUCGACAACAGAGUGCCCACCCCGGCCUCUGUGGCCGAGGUCAGCUCUCAACAAAACCUGCCCGACAUGAGCGCCACUGACGUCAAGUCAGAUGUGAAAGACGAAGAUGAUGACAGCAAUUCUGGGAACAAGCAAACCGGCAUAAAAGUUGAGAAUGACGAAACCAAAAGCCCCGUGGUGAAGACGGAGGAGCCAGAUGCAGCAAAGCCAAAGCAGGAACCGAUGGACACUGAAGAAAAGAAGCCAGCGGUGAAGACUGAACCCAAAGAAGAGGCGGAAAGUGCGGGCAAUGCCACCGCUACGCAGAGCCGCAAAAAAAUUUUCAGACCCGAAGAGCUCAGACAAGCUCUCAUGCCCACACUUGAGGCCCUCUACAGGCAAGACCCGGAGUCUCUGCCCUUCAGACAGCCUGUGGACCCCCUGCUGCUCGACAUCCCAGACUACUUCGACAUCGUGAAGAAUCCCAUUGACCUGUCCACCAUCAAGCGCAAACUGGACACGGGCCAGUACCAGGAGCCGUGGCAAUAUGUGGACGACGUGUGGCUCAUGUUCAACAACGCGUGGCUGUACAACCGCAAGACUUCUCGCGUUUACAAAAACUGCACCAAGCUCGCCGAGGUGUUCGAAACGGAGAUCGAGCCUGUCAUGAAGUCGCUUGGCUACUGCUGCAGCCGCAAGUACGAGUUCUCCCCCCAAACGCUGUGCUGCUAUGGCAAACAACUGUGCACUAUCUCACGGGAUGGAAUCUAUUACAGCUAUCAGAACAGGUAUCACUUCUGCGAGAAGUGCUUCAACGAGAUCCAGGGCAACAGCGUGACGCUGGGGGACGACCCGGCACAGUCGCAGACCAUGAUAUCCAAAGAGCAGUUUGAGAAGAAGAAAAAUGACAUGUUGGACGCUGAACCGUUUGUUGAAUGUAAAGAUUGCGGACGCAAGAUGCAUCAGAUCUGCGUGCUGCACUAUGAUGUCAUUUGGCCGUCGGGCUUUAUCUGUGAGAACUGUUUGAAGAGAUCUGGAAAAAACAAAAAGGAGAACAAGUUUUCAGCCAAAAGGUUGCAGUCAACAAAGUUGGGGACGUACAUUGAGGACAGAGUAAAUAAGUACUUGAAAAGACAGAACCACCCAGAAGCCGGCGAGGUGUUUGUGCGAGUCGUGGCCAGCUCUGACAAAACAGUGGAGAUUAAACCUGGAAUGAAGUCUAGGUUUGUGGACUCGGGCGAGAUGGUGGAGACCUUCCCUUACAGAACCAAAGCACUUUUUGCAUUUGAAGAAAUUGACGGGGUGGACGUUUGUUUCUUCGGCAUGCACGUCCAGGAGUAUGGCUCAGAUUGUCCAUUUCCAAAUACAAGGCGGGUUUAUAUAUCAUACCUCGACAGUAUUCACUUCUUCAAACCACGUGUGCUCAGGACGGCAGUUUACCAUGAGAUCUUAAUUGGAUAUCUGGAGUAUGUCAAGAAACUGGGGUACGUGAUGGGUCACAUCUGGGCCUGCCCACCCAGCGAAGGAGACGACUACAUUUUUCACUGCCACCCUCCCGACCAGAAAAUCCCCAAGCCCAAGAGGCUCCAAGAGUGGUACAAGAAGAUGCUGGAAAAGGCUUUUGCUGAGAGAAUCCUACACGAUUUCAAGGACAUUUUCAAGCAAGCCACAGAGGACAGGCUGACCAGCGCCAACGAGCUACCGUACUUCGAGGGCGACUUUUGGCCCAACGUGCUGGAGGAGAGCAUCAAAGAACUUGAGCAGGAGGAGGAGGAGAGGAAGAAGGAGGAGAACACUGCCUCCUGUGAGACGCCAGAGGGAGCCCACGCUGACAGUAAGAACGCCAAAAAGAAGAACAACAAGAAGACCAACAAGACUAAGAGCAGCGUCAGCCGCGCCAACAAGAAAAAGCCUGGGAUGCCGAAUGUAGCCAAUGAUCUGUCCCAAAAGCUCUACGCCACAAUGGAGAAGCAUAAAGAGGUGUUUUUUGUCAUCCACCUUCAUUCUGGACCAGUCAUCAACACCCUGCCCCCCAUCAUGGACCCAGACCCUCUGUUGGCAUGCGACCUGAUGGACGGCCGCGAUUCCUUCCUGACGCUGGCCCGAGACAAGCACUGGGAGUUCAGCUCGCUGCGGCGAUGCAAGUGGAGCACCAUGUGCAUGCUGGUGGAGCUGCACAACCAGGGCCAGGACCGCUUUGUCUACACGUGCAACGAGUGCAAGCACCACGUGGAGACUCGCUGGCACUGCACUGUCUGUGAGGACUACGACCUGUGCAUUAACUGCUACAACGCAAAGGGCCACGAGCACCAGAUGGUGAAGUGGGGCUUGGGCUUAGACGACGACAGCAACAACCAGGGAGGAGAGUCCUCCAAGAGUCCCCAGGAGAGCCGACGUCUCAGCAUCCAGCGUUGCAUUCAGUCGCUGGUCCACGCCUGCCAGUGUCGCAACGCCAACUGCUCCCUGCCGUCGUGCCAGAAGAUGAAGCGUGUGGUUCAGCACACCAAGGGCUGCAAGCGCAAGACCAACGGCGGCUGCCCCGUGUGCAAGCAGCUCAUCGCGUUGUGCUGCUACCAUGCCAAACACUGUCAGGAGAACAAGUGUCCCGUGCCCUUCUGUCCCAACAUCAAGCACAAGCUCCGUCAGCAGCAGAUCCAGCACCGCCUCCAGCAGGCUCAGCUGAUGCGCCGCCGAAUGGCCACCAUGGCCGGAAGGGGCGUGCCCAUGCCGUCGCCGCCUACCUCGUCUGCCCCUGACACUCCAAACUCUGCGCAGCAGCCUCACACGCCGCAGACUCCGCAGCCCAUGACCAAUCAGCCACAGCCGCCGCCCCCCAACCCUGCCAACGUGGUUCAAGGCUUCCCCAACAACGGCCGCAGCAGCAGCCAACCCCCGACGCCCAUCCCGCAGGGCAAACCGGGGCCCCAGUCGUCCCCGCUCCGUCAGCAGCAGUCUCCUCUGCCCGGCUUGCCGCACCAAUCUCAGCCUCAGAUCCCACCGCAGCUGCAGCAGCAGCAACAGCAGCUGACGGCCUUGAAGGUGGCCAAACAGAUGGAGAUGGCCGAGAUGGCCGCCAAGGCAAAGCAGCAACAGCAGCAGCAACAGAGUUACGCCAUGAAUGGUAUGCCCUUAAACCACCCACGCAUGAUGGGCCCCAUGCAGGGCCAGAUGCAGAUGAUGCGGGGGCCCCAGGUAAUGCAGGCGAUGCAGCAGGGCCAGUGGGGUCCCGGAAUGCAGAAUCCGAUGCAGAAACCUCAGGGCCAACCACCUCAGGGCCCUCCUCAACAAGGCGUCAUGGCCCCCCAGCAGCCUCAGGGAGCCGGCAUGGUGCAGCAAGGUCCCCUCAUGCAGAGAGCCAUGAUGCCCCAGCCGCAGGGGCUCCAAAUGCCCGGAGCCAUGCCUCCGCAAGGGCCCUCGCAGCAGGGCAUGGCACCGCAGCAGCAGAACUUGCCGCGAGGGAUGCCCGGUAACAUAGCGCCCAACGCCUUGCAGGAUCUACUGCGCACCCUCAAGUCUCCCAGCUCGCCGCAGCAGCAACAACAGGUCCUGAACAUCCUCAAGUCCAACCCGCAGCUCAUGGCCGCCUUCAUCAAGCAGAGGACGGCCAAGUAUCAAGCCAACCAGCCGCCGCCGCAGCAGCAGAACCCUCAAGCCAUGUCGGGCCCCGCAGCGGCGAUGCAGGCCAUGAUGCAGGCGCAGAGGCCUGGGAUGCCCCCUCAGCAGCAGCCUCCGCAGCAGGUGGGUAUGGCCCCCAUGGGACCCCAAGGCCAGAUGAUGAACGUGGCUCAAAACGGCAACCCUCAGCUGUACCGCAGACAGCAGUUGUUCCGGAUGCAACAGGCGCAGCAGCAGCAGCAGCAGCAGCAGCAGCAGGGAGGCAUGCCUCAGCCGCACGCUCAGUUCCCCCAGCAGCAGCAGCAGCAGCCGCCGGCAAGCUACUCCCAGCUCCGGAUGCAGCAACAGCAGAUGGCUAUGCAAGGAGGCGUCGGGCCGAUGGGCCAGCUCCCUCCCUCGUCCCAAAUGGGCCAAGCUGGCAUGGGCGUGGACGGAGCCCAGAACCUCUUACAGCAGCGCAUGCUCCAGCAGCAGCAGCAAAUGUUGAAGCAGCAGAUGGGUUCCCCGGCGCAGGCGAGGAGCCCCCAGCCCCACCUGCUCCAAGGCCAGGCACAGGCGGCGGCGGCGGCGGCUCACCUAUCCGGCCAAGCCAUGGGCAACGCUCUGGGCAACCAGGUGCGCUCGCCGGUCCCGGUCCAGUCUCCCCGGCCGCCGUCGCAGCAGCCCCCGCGUUCCAGUCCCUCCCCGCGAAUACAGCCUCAGCCCUCGCCCCAGCAUGGCGCCCUCCUCUCCAGCUCCCCCCGUCCCAUCAUCGGGGGCCCCAUGUCGGGACCCAUGGAGCAGGGACACAUGGGAACGCCGGAGCAGAGCGCCAUGCUGCCGCAGCUUAACACGCCCAACCGAGGGGGGUUGAGUACUGACAUGGGCAUAGUGGGGGACACGACGGGAGACACGCUGGAGAAAUUUGUUGAAGGAUUGUAGCAGAAAGAGAGGUCUUGGUAUAAAACUUGAGUCACGAGGCCUGUGAACUUCCUGCUAACCAAGCGACUGGUUUUUAUUCCAACACAGUGUGAUUCACCGUCACUGCUGCAAAGAAGACACAAAGGAUAUAUUUUUGGUUCUGACCAGCCAUGCAAGAGUUUUUGCUGUGGUCUUUGUUGUUGACAUUUGUUUUUCAUUUGUUUAUGCUCUGGUAUUGACUUUUGUUUAACAAAACCUCUCAAAACAAAAAAUCUCCUUUUAUUUUUCAUUUUUUUAAUUUUGUAUCUUUGAAAAUAAAUAUUGUAUUUGUGUUGAGCAAGACUGUAAAGUUAAACUGGGAAUUUUUGGGCGGGUUAUGAGGUUUCACUUCUCGCUCGGUUUCACUUGUUCCAGGCUAAUUUAUUCUAAUAUGCCAUUUUUCAAAAAAGACUGCCUUUGGGAAAGCCUUAAUUUUCCUUCCUGCUUGCAGAAAUUAUGGAAGAUUACUGUGUUUGUAUAGAUUUAGGAACUAUUGCACACAGACGACAAACACAAUAGGCUGGUGUUCAAAAGCCAGAAUGUUCGUUUUUUACUGGCCUUGGCUCAGUAUUUGUCUUGCAUAUGUACAAAUAAUCACUUUCUCUCUUUCAGUCCCAUUAAAUUCUCAACUCCUGUUCUUCUUUUGCCUGUGGUGAGAAAUGAACAUGUUAAAACUGCUGAUUUGUGUUCAGUUAUGCGCAUCAUUUUCUAUCUUACAUUAAACUUGAAUCCAUGGAUGAACUGUCCUCUGAUGUAAAUCAUGCAGCUUGACAGCAAUGUACAUAUGCAGAAAAUAAGAAAUCACUGUAUGAACUGGUUCAGAAUGGCUCAUUUCCUACUUAUAUACCAUAUUGUUUAAUAAACCUGUGUGCCACAGACUGUCA